AUGAGUUGCUGCAACUGUUCGACGGCUUUACCUUCCGAAAUAUCGAAUUUGAAGCUUGUCAAGAACCCAUUUCUUGCUGGUGAGUCCUUAUUGCAAAAAAGCCUUUCAUUCCCUUCCAGAAGAAGAACAACUCCGGCUGCAACCAGAGCUGUGCUUUCCACUUCAAAAGAUGUAGUUUUGAGGGAUUUUUAUGACAGAAAAGCUUUGAAGAUCAUUUCGGGCUUGCGAAAUUUCGACAGAGAUAACGUUGCCUCUGUUGUUACAGCUGCAGAUAAGGGUGGAGCUACUCACGUCGAUAUAGCAUGUGACCCAGAUUUGGUGAAGCUUGCUGCUAGCUUAACUUCCAUUCCGGUUUGUGUUUCUUCAGUGGAUCCAACACUCUUUCCUGUUGCUGUUGAAGCUGGAGCCUCAAUGGUGGAGAUUGGAAAUUACGAUUCUUUUUAUGAAAUGGGCAUUGUUUUCUCCCCAGAGCAGAUUUUGGAUCUAACCAAGGAGACAAGGAGGAUUCUUCCUUCGGUGACACUCUCUGUAACUGUGCCUCACACAUUGAGUUUACCUGAUCAGGUCAAGCUAGCUGAACAGUUGGAGAUUGCGGGAGCUGACAUCAUACAGACUGAAGGAGGAAAAUGUUCUAAUCCUUCCAAGGCUGGCAUUCUCGGUUUAAUUGAGAAGGCAACGCCUACGCUAGCAGCAGCAUAUUCAAUUUCACGGGCUGUCAAGAUACCUGUGAUGUGCUCAUCUGGACUCAGUGCCGUCACUGCCCCAAUGGCGAUCACAGCAGGAGCUGCAGGCGUGGGUGUAGGUUCUGCAAUUAACAAGUUAAACAAUGUCAUAGCGAUGAUUGCUGAGGUCAAAAGUAUUUCGGAAUCUCUCGCUUCUGUGAGCACAAAUCAGCAUGUACUUGACAUGAGAACUUGA